AUGGCGGUGCGGCGGAGCAGGGGCUGGGCGCGCGGCGCGGCGGCUUUCGCGGCCGUGGCGCUGGCGGUGGGCGCGGGGCGGCGGUACGGGUGGGACGGCGCCUCCGCGGUGGCGGCGUUCCGCGAGGCCCGGGGCACGCUGGGGCCCUGGGCUGCGCCGGCCUACGUGGCCGCGCACGCGCUCACGCUCGCGCUGUGCCCGCCCUACGCCAUCUUCUUCGAGGGCGGCGCCGCGCUCAUCUUCGGCUUCCUGCCUGGCGUCGCGUGCGUCUUCUCCGCCAAGGUCCUCGGGGCCUCGCUCUCCUUCUGGAUCGGCAGGGCAAUUUUCAGAUACUUCACUUCAGCAAUGGAAUGGCUACAGAGGAACAAGUACUUCCAUGUUGUCGUUAAAGGGGUUGAGCGGGAUGGCUGGAAAUUUGUAUUGCUUGCUAGAUUCUCUCCUUUGCCUUCCUACAUCAUCAACUACGCUCUAUCAGCCACGGAUGUUGGAUUUUUUAGAGAUUUUCUUCUUCCCACAGUUAUCGGCUGCUUACCAAUGAUACUACAGAAUGUUUCCAUUGUAAGCCUUGCCGGUGCAGCAGUGGCCUCGACCACAGGAUCAAAUAAGUCCCAUAUAUACUCUUACCUGUUUCCAGCAAUGGGCAUUGUGUCCAGUGUUCUCAUUUCAUGGAGGAUUAAGCAGUAUUCCUCAGCCCUUGCUGUUCCUGAAGAGCUGCAAAGUUCACCUACUAAUGGAAAUGACAACGGUGAUGCUAAGCUGGCUUCCACACCAUCCAAAAACACCAGCUCUGGGAAAACUAGGAAGAGAAGCUGUUGUGACAUCCUCUAUAAGCAGAGGUCCACUCUUUGCCCACAAUCCAAAGCAAAUAGUGCAAUCUUAUACAGCAUCUAUGCUCCAAAAGCCCUAUCAGAUAAUCCUUCUCUGCAGGAUGUAUGCCCCAUGGCUCCCCAGGGUGAGCGGAAGCUGUUCAUGAAUGGUUUCCUCUGCAAGCAUCCCAGCACCAUCCUGGCCUCCGACUUCAAGACACUGCUGCUGAACCAUGCCGGAGACCUGGACAACAUAGUCCGGUCAUCGGUGAACAUGGUCACCACUACCGAGUUGCCAGGCCUGAACACCCUGGGCUUGUCGAUGGCGCGCACCGACAUCGCCCCCAAUGGGGUAGUGCUCCCCCAUUCUCACCCGAGGGCAUCGGAGAUGAUGUUCGUACAUGGUGGCAGUGUGGUGGUCGGCUUCUUGGAUACGAAGGGCAGGCUGUUCCAGAAGAGCCUUGGCGAGGGGGAGGUGUUUGUCUUCCCCCGUGGCUUGGUUCACUACAUCAUGAACUAUGGUUUUAACCUUGCAACCACGUUUUCCGUGCUGAACAGUCAGAACCCAGGCGUGGUUGGCAUUGUCCAUGCAAUGUUUGCGACAGAUUCAGAUGUAGUUGAGGGGCUGAUGGCCAGAAUGUUUGAGUUUGGAGAGAUGGGAGUGAGUGACAACAUUACUGCUGGUUUCCCAUGGGCAUUCUGA